AUGGAGCGCUCUCUGAAUGACAAUCAUUUAAUAAGUCUUACCGUGACGAAGCUCAAGGGGUUCAAAACCAAGCAAAAGAGGGGCAUCAAAUUGCUCAGGCGCAUCCUACUGAUCAAUGUGCUGCGCAGGGCCAAACAGCACGAUAAGAGGCAGGGCUCUGCCAAGAAAAGCUGCCAAAAGCCCAUUCCUCAGCUUACAGAUUGUAAGCCUGCUAAGAAACAACCCAAGCAACAACAGGGUGAUAUGUACUGGGUACCCAAUACAGAGAUUGGAUCAGAGCUACUGGAGCCUGUCUGGUUCCAUGACGAGCCCUUUGAUCUGCCAUCCUCUGCUCUGACUCCUGUAGAAGUAUGCCCUAGCAGCUACUUCUCAGAAGACCCAGGCUCAGGUUACACAUUAUUGGACCUGGACAACUAUGAUCCAACCUCCUUCCAGAGCAGUUACCCUAACCAGGAGAAUGUCUACACUUCUGAUUGGCUGUGGCAGCAAACACCAUGCCAAGAGUUCCAAGCACCAGACAUCUGGUAUGAAGAUGCAAUCCGCACAGAUACUAAGUCUGGCAACACUUUUAAUGGACACUUGAGUGGAGACCAAGGACAGUCCACCAUCGCAGACUGGAUAACAGAUAUAGCAUCUUUGUAA